UGAAUUAAAUGCAUUUAGUAAGAAGAAGAGCAGAUGUAAACAAAAGCACGUUUUGAUAUUAGUCGAGCUCUGGGAAGGAGUUAUUCUUUUCUUCUAAGAAAAAAUCCACACAUAUAUUAAUUUACUAUACAAAGAAUAUGGGUGCUUUAGCGGAAGUUGCUGGUGACGAAAACAACGGAGAGGGUUCACGUACAUUUGUGUUCCAGGAUGAAGGCCAUACCUUGGGCAAUGCCUUAAAGACAAUUAUUAGUCGUUAUCCCGAUGUUGAUUUCUGUGGCUAUACAAUACCCCAUCCCACCGAGAAUAAGUUACACUUUCGCAUCCAAUCUUCACAGGGUAGAGCCAUUGACAUACUGAAACGUGGCCUAGAAGAUUUGGAAAAGAUCUGUGAUCAUACCAUCGAUACAUUUGAAAAAGAAGUUAAACAAUUUAAAGUACCAGUUACGUAAAUACUUUAGUAUGUCUUUUUACAAAAUUUAUUUCAUAAAUAAAUUAGUUUUAUAAAUUUAAAUUAAGCUAAACAA